UACUUCCGGUGGGGAAGGGAAAGGAAAGGCGCCACCGGAAGCUAAGAAGGUGCUGUGUAAUCACUAAGAGCAGAGGCUCAGUGGUCUGCUACAAUGCCGGAUUACCUCGGUGCCGAUCAGCGGAAAACCAAAGAGGAUGAGAAGGACGACAAGCCCAUCCGAGCUCUGGAUGAGGGGGAUAUUGCCUUGCUGAAAACUUACGGUCAAAGCACUUACUCUAGGCAGAUCAAGCAGGUUGAGGAUGACAUUCAACAACUUCUUAAAAAAAUUAAUGAGCUCACGGGUAUUAAAGAGUCUGACACUGGCCUGGCACCACCAGCACUCUGGGAUUUGGCUGCAGAUAAGCAAACUCUCCAGAGUGAACAACCUUUGCAGGUUGCAAGGUAUGCAGUUUAUUUUUAUCUGUAUUUCCAAGCACUUUUUAGAGUUUCAGGAAUAAUGCAAUAA